UCAAGAUAUCCAUAGACAACACAAAAAUCAGUAAAAUCUGCGGUCACAAAACUUCGUCCUUCCUUUUCUCUUGUGUUCUAACUUCAAGGUGUAGUAGUAAGUGGUAUUUAUCCAAGACAAAUUCUGAGCUUCCACGUACUCGCAAUUUAAUAAAACACUCGGUUACAGAAACGCUUUUACAGAAUCCUAGAUAAACAAUACAACAAUCAUGUCUGAGGCUCAGGCGAACGAGAAUACUUGCGUAGUUUGUUUCAAGAACGUUUUGUACUACUCAAUUGGCGAGUGUGACCAUCCCGUAUGUUUCGAGUGCUCUACUCGGAUGCGGGUGCUCUGUCUUCAGAAUGAGUGUCCUAUAUGUCGUAAAGAUCUAUUGAGGGUUGUAUUUACUGAUUCUAUUCAUCCCUACAAAGAGCUUGGGAACAGGGAAUACCCUGAUAGACUGUUUGAAAGACAAUACAAAAUUGUAUUCUGUUCUGAAGACAUAAAAAAUGCAUAUGAAAACUUAUUGGAGAAUCGGUGUAAAAUCUGUGAUAAGAUACCACCGUUCCGCAACUUUAGUUUGCUGAAUGAUCACAUGAGAAGGGUUCAUGAAAGGUUUUUUUGUGACCUUUGCGUUAAUCAUUUGAAGAUUUUUACCAAUGAAAGAAGGUGUUAUACACGACAAGAACUGGCACAUCAUCGACGUAAAGGUGACCUUGAUGAUACCUCACACAGGGGCCAUCCACUUUGUGAAUUCUGUGAGAAACGAUUCAUGGAUCCUGAUGAGUUGUACCGUCACUUGCGCAAGGAGCACUUGUACUGUCAUUUGUGUGAUGCCGAUGGAAAGAAUUUCUAUUAUGCUUCACACUCCGCGCUUGCUCAACAUUUCCGCAAGGAUCACUACUUAUGUGAAGAGGGCGAGUGUGCCGGACAACAUUUAACUGCAGUGUUUAGGAGUGAAAUUGAUCUCAAAGCCCAUAUAGCAACCACCCAUGGGCGUGGUAUGCCCAGAGGGGCUGCGAGACAAGCCCGAACACUCGAAUUGCAGUUCAAUAUCACACCACAUCCUGUCGUCACUCAGAGAACACCCCGGGACCGUGGGGCACCGGAGACUCCGGCUCCGCCCAGCCCUCCGCCGGUGAGCGUGGCGAGACUGGACACCCACAGCGACCAAGAUUUCCCGCGCCUCAGCGCCGCGCCGCCCGCCCAAAACCUCGUGCUAGGCGCCCCGCUCAGGAACUUUACCGGUGGAGAUAGAUUGACGCGCAAUGACAAGAAUUUCCCGGCGCUGGACGGAGCGGGCCCCUCCCGCGCCGCGCCGCGCCCCGCCGCGCCCGCCACAGUCGCCGCCACCAUCCUCAGGAAUUCUAAGCCUAGCGUUUCGAUUCAACUACACAGCCAACCCGCAAGCGCUAGUAAUUUUAGGUUGACCCAGACCAGCGGAAACCGCAUCUCAAUACCACCACAGCAGAAGAAGCCAACUCUCGACGAUGACGAUUUCCCUUCCCUUAGUAUGGGGAGAGACGACCAUCCCAACAUCGGAGCUAGUAGUGUGCAACCUCCGAAGGUCACCAUGAUCAAUAGUCAAGAAAUGCAAGCGUUAAAAAAUAACCAAACCCAGUCGCAACCAAAGAAGUCCCAGCGGAGUACGGAGGCGUUCCCUGCGCUGUCCGCCACCGCCCACUCCCCCGCCGCACCCCCGCAGUGGAUCACCGUUUCCAAAGGAAAGGACAAGCCACGCGCCCGCGCCGAACCCGCGCCCCCGCCCCGGGAACAACCCGCCUUCAACCAGGUCGCAGACUUCCCCACUCUACCGCUCAACAAAUCGAAAUCGAAACCUAAGAACGUCAUCGUUAUUCCUCAAGCGACCCCCCGCCCUCAACCGCAGCAUCAACAGCAGCCGGCGGAGGCUAAACUGACCAAAAAGGAGAAAAAGAAGCAAAACAUCAAAAAAGAAAAUAUUGCUGAGAUACCACUCGUGAACGGCCUCGAUAAGAAGUACGCGAAAGAUCCCUCCUUUACCGAGGUGAACUCGAACGUCGAACGCAGCGUGGAACGUGAUAAAAAAAUCAAAACAAUCGAGACCACUUCGAGUGUCACCGUCAAUUCGGAUCGGAAUACCGGAAAUGGAGAUUUUGCCCUAGCUCCCACAGAGUAUCCUCCUCUAAAUCCCAAAGGCAAUAAGGAAACCAAAGACUAUCCUCCGCUGCAAACACGGGCCGAAAACGUUGCAUUCAAUAGAAGGGUGACGAAUGGCAGCGUCCCUCCCGGGUUCAAACCGCGUCCGGCGUGCAACGGCAUGACGUUCACUAACUCAGCGGGGCAGACCUUCUCGGCGCCCGUUCACAAAUAUAUUCCGCCCCCGGAAUUCGAGUCGCGUAACCGAGUUUUAGUAAAAAAAUUCGCUGUCGCACUGGGCGGGGCGGAGGCCGUGGAAAGCUUCAAAGUGGCAUCGCGGGCAUUCCGCGAUAGUAUCAUCAGCGCCGAUGAGUUUUAUGAACACUGUCGGUCCGCUCUCGGGUCCCAGCUCGAGUCCGUGUUCCCGGAGCUCGUGGCUCUGCUACCGGACAUCGGCAAGCAACAGGAGUUAGUGGUCGGUAAAAAUGUGAGUGAACUUGAAGUGUGUGCGACGUGUGGCCAGCUGCUGUCGCCCGGGGACCGCAUCGCGCACGACACGGCGCACUGGCCGCCCCUCGCGCCACGCUAAAUGUGUUUCUACUAAUUGUGAUACUGACUCUAAUUAGUUUCCAGUCUCAAAUCCAAAUAGUGCUGUGCUUAAUAAUAUAAAUAGACAAUUACAAUUGAACAAUAAAUAUCAGCUAGUAUAAUUUUCUUGUAUUGCUUGAAUAAGUAUGUUGACAAUUUUAUAAAUACCACUGCAUUUUUUUUAAUUAUGAUUUUCAUGUAGAUGACUUAGAAUAUUGUUGAACAAUUAAAGAUUUAAUAAAUAAGAUUCCUGGACUGAUGUGUAAAUGUAACACAAAGCCAUGAAGGAUAUCAAAAUAAAAUACAAAUAAAAUUGUCACUGCAAAUUGUACCUUUGUGCAAGUCUUCAAACUGAGUGUCAAAUGAAUAAUUUAUCAAGUUUUUAAAGUAUAAAGUGUUGCAUUGCGGUAGAUACGGGACUGGCACUCAAUGUACAUGACAAAAUAUUCUUGCCGAAACUUUUCGAAUAAAAAAUAAAUCAAACGACUGAAUGAUCACUGAAAAAAUUAUGUAAAUAAAAAUUCCCUUUAAAGGUGAAUCUUGUAAAUUGAAAUUUAGUCGUUCGUAUUUUCUCAAUAGCGGUGUAUAUUAAUAUAUUAUGUUAAAUAAUUUUGUACUAGGAUUACAUAAAGACAUGGCUAUUUUGACAUCCAUUUUAAUUGGAAUAGCAGUAUCGCAAUUGUAUGUAACUAAAUAUGUGAUUUUAUUGUCAAUGUUACACAGUGUACUACUUAUAUUGUUUCAAAUCUAAUAUUAUAUUUUUAUACUUUCACAGAACUAUUUAAUUUAUGUAUAAUAUGUUUUUGUUGAACACAAAACUUUUGUUUUAUUAAUCUCAUGCAUGUAAAUAAAGUUCAUGGCAACGGAAAACAAUACAA